AACACAAUUUAUUUUUUAUAGGCGGUGGUGCUAGCAACUUCCUUCACUAGUUUGUUCUUGCUCUGCGAAACUUGAACUCAGUCUCAGAGACACAAGCAACGUCUCCGCCAACCACCGUCCCUCAAACCUUGUCUUUCCUCUGACGAGACCUAAGACAAGGAAAUUAAGAAUAAAUCAGUAUGUAAAGUAGGAACAUCCAUCUUUUAACAUAAAAGUCAAGGGAAGUUCAAAGUUUUUGAAGGAAAAGGAGAACAAGGAUGAUGAGUGGAGAAGGAAAGGUGGUGUGUGUGACAGGUGCUUCUGGUUUUAUUGCUUCAUGGAUUGUUAAGUUCCUUCUUCAACGUGGUUACACCGUCAGAGCCACUGUUCGUGAUCCAAGUAAUCCGAAAAAGGUUGACCACUUGCUAAAACUUGAUGGUGCAAAGGAGAGGUUGCAACUCUUUAAGGCUGAUCUUUUGGAACAAGGCUCCUUUGACUCUGUUGUUGAAGGAUGUGAUGGUGUCUUUCACACUGCUUCACCUGUUCGUUUUGUCGUAGACGAUCCACAGGCUGAGUUGAUUGAUCCGGCACUGAAGGGAACUCUUAAUGUUCUUAAAUCAUGUGCAAAAUCACCAUCUGUGAAACGAGUUGUCUUUACUUCUUCUUUUGCUACAGUUGUACAUGAUCCAAGGCCAAAAACUCCCGAAGUUGUAAUCGAUGAGACAUGGUUUUCAAAUCCAGAUUUUUGUAGGGAAUCAAAGUUAUGGUAUCCGCUUUCAAAGACUUUGGCUGAGGCUGCUGCCUGGAAAUUUGUAAAUGAAAACAAGAUUGACAUGGUUGUUAUCAAUCCAACAAUGGUUGCCGGACCUCUCUUACAACCUGAGGUUAACGAAAGUGUUGAACUAAUUCUAAACCUAAUAAAUGGUUUACCUUUUCGAAAUAAAAAUUAUGGAUGGGUGAAUGUAAAAGAUGUUGCGAACGCUCAUAUUCACGCAUAUGAGAUUGCUUCAGCUGGUGGAAGAUAUUGUUUAUCUGAGACAGUGGUACACUGUUCAGAACUUGCUAAGAUUUUACGUGAUCUAUACCCAACAAUACAAAUUUCAGACAAGUGUGAGGAUGAUGAGCCACACAUGCCAGUGUAUCAGAUUUCCAAGGAAAAGGCUAACAGUUUGGGAAUAGACUUUAUUCCUUUGGAAGUCAGUCUCAAGGAAACUGUGGAAAGCUUCAGGGAGAAAAAAAUUGUCGACUUUUAAUCGGUCGCAAUCGGUCAUGAUAUUCCAUUUAGUUGAAUAAAAUGUUUUACUGUUGUUGAAAAUUUUUUGACAGCAUCAAUAAAUGUUCACUUUGUGAUUAUUAUAUCUUCCUUGUUGAGAAGGAGUUAUCCUUGUAUAAUAAGAUGCAUUAACUUUGUAUUUAAUCAAA